UUUUCUUUGUUUUCGUUAGUUUUCGCUCGCUGCGUGAGCGGGGUAGGCAGGCAGUAGGCAAGCGAGGUUGCACCCGUUGCACUUGAUCCAUUUAGGAGUCAGUUGCGCGGAACUGUUUCGCUGGAACUAAAUUGGCUGUUGGGGGGCCUGGACACUGACAUGAGUGGUUUUGUGGAAAGUGGAAACGGUGCGCAAAGACUGAGGAUGUUCAAGGAGCGGCGCAAUUUCAUUCAACGCAAGAAGGAUGUCGACGCAAUACGCGGGGAGCACCCGUCCAAAGUUCCCGUCAUCAUAGAGCGCUACCCGGGUGAAAAGCUGCUGCCCAUUCUCGACAAAACAAAGUUUUUGGUGCCUGACCAUAUCGCGAUGGCCGAACUGGUGAAGAUAAUCAGGCGACGCAUGGAGCUGCAUCCAAGCCAAGCGUUCUUCCUGCUCGUCAACCAGAACAUCAUGGCCCCAGUGUCGGCCACCCUUGGCGACCUCUAUUCCCAAGAGCGGGACGAGGAUGGCUUCCUUUACCUGACAUAUGCCUCUCAAGAAGUCUUCGGCUGACAGCGCACAGUUGACUACUCCCUUUCCCACCAGCCCCCACAAAGCUUUUAGUAAAGAGGUUUUU